AGUGAGAUUGACCUGAUGGGUCCACAUUGACUUUAGCAUCGGAUCUCUUUGACUCUCACAUCGAAUGGUGUCUGUAGACCUAACACAGUCCUUCAAGGACUUGGUAGCAGAACGUAAAACAAGUUAUCCCCCAAGCAAGAGGUCCAAGUCGCCAUUCAGAAGCAAGAGUCCAAAUAGAAAGGGCAAGGGUAAACAGGUGGAAGAGGAUGAAGAGUUCCUGAAGGAGGCAUACCGGAUACACACACACCUUGGGUCCUUGUCCACCUUACUCAAAACGAUUCGAAAGCCAUACCUCUCUAUUUCCUCUGCACCAAGUCGUCUGAAUCGCGCUUCGCGACAGGACGUAUCUGAAUCAUCAGAGCUUAACAGUCUGGACAAAUGGAGAGAUAGCAAACAUUUGACGGACAGAGAGAGAGACGAGAUUGAUCUUCGGGGUAGGAUGAUUCUCCGAAGAUGCAAGGAUAGAGUGGUCGCGCUGGAAGAUAUGGAGAAGGCACGACAAAAAGCCAUCCUGCCCAAACCCGUUUCCUCGCUUUAUACUCUCCUUCCAUCUUUGGCACCUGCCGACGGGGAUUCUGCCAUCAUCCAGAAUCUGGUUACGGCUCAUCGCGCCAACAUUAUAUGGACGCUGAACGAUCUCCUUGCCAAACUCAGCGCAGGAUUGACUGAUUUGCAAGAAGAGAGGUCGAAACGAAGGGAAGAACGGACUAGGACUUUGGGUGGACAAGCUGCGAAAGAAGCAGCAGCGAUAGAAGCCAAGUCCAAAUUCUCACUCUUCGCUCCGACAUCUGUGCCUUCGUCGUCCUCCCUCUCCAACGGUCCCGCUCUACCAGACGUUCUGAAAGGCGUCAUACCGGAUGACGAACCGCCCAUAGAAUCUCAAUUGACGCCAGAACAACUUCAGCUAUUCUCCAACGAAAAUAACACCCUCUUGGAGCACAUGCAGUCUCAACUCGAUUCAGUUUUGUCAGCCGAGAAAUCCCUCUUGGAGAUCUCUGCACUUCAGACUGAGCUUGUCAAGCACUUGAUGACCCAGACAGAGAUCACAGAUAGGCUCUAUGACGAAGCUGUUGGAAGUGUAGGCGAUGUAGGAAAAGCCAACGAGCAGCUGAAAAAGGCUAGACAAAGAAAUCAAGAGGGUAGAUUGUUCUUGCUAGUAUUCCUCUUCGGUGCGAGCAUGGCCUUGUUGUUCCUAGAUUGGUACGCAUGAGCUCAAUGGCAUGCAGCCGUGAUCGC